AUGAUGAAAAAUCCACUCGCUGUCAUGCUUCAUUCGGGCUUGCGGUCAUCGUUGUGCAAGAACGCCUUCGGAACUAUGGCAAAGAAGAAUUUUGUUCGUCAUGGUUCGAGAGGCUGUAUGAAUCAGAGUAAAAUUAAUAAUUUAGCAUUGUUAUUGAUAACAAAAUCAUCAUCGUCAUCAUCAUCGGAUAUCGUGAUGAGAGAUUUCUCAAUCAUGACGAAUGUGAAUAGAAACUCCUCUCAACAGACAUACUUUGAUAGCAAUCUUUUACCUGAAUGGUUUAAAUCAUCUCUCUAUAAUAAUGAAGAGGCUAAAAAGGCCCUCUCCGAAUUUGAUGUUCAAUUUUAUGAACAGCCAACCAUCAAAACUUUUCCAGAUGUGGAUAACAACCCUCACGCAACACCAGGUCUUGAUAAAACCAUGUUCCACUUGCGUCCUGAUUCUCUUUCAGAUGCUGAUUUGAGUAAAUUAUGCUUCGUACAGAGAGGAAAAACAAAAGAUUAUAUUUGUGUGGGAGAGGCUUACUACUUCCCUUUGUUUAGAGAUUUGCCUGUUCAUUAUACUCCAUCAUGUCCAAGUUUAUUGUACAUUGAGAAGCCAGAUAAUAGCAGUGGAAAGGAACAAACACCUAAAAUUCUCUAUCAAAUUGCCCCUUUUGUGCCGCCAAUGUUUUGGAUUCCUUUGAAGCCAUCGAGUGAGUCAUUGAGGAGACUUUUCGAAGAAAUUAUGGAUAUUGAAACAAAUAAUGUCACUAGACAUCUUCAAUUUCAUGAGGACUUGUUGUCAAGGAUUGGAUUCAAACUUGAGAAAUUGAAAGAAUUGGAAAAUGAUCCAAAAUCAUCUGAAAAGGAGUACAAUGAAUUACACAUCAAAUUUUUAGAUUAUAUCAACAAGACAUUGGAUCCAAAUAAGUUGGAAUUUAAGGAACGAGUUCUUCAAGAAUAUCCCAAUCAAAUGUCCUUAUUCUUGGGAAAUGUUCCCAAACUUGAAAUAUUGGAGCAAAGCUUUAUGAACAAUCCGUUCAUUUUCAACACACCUGUCCUUUUAGGUAGCUCCAAUAGAUUUGUAUCGAGUGAAAGCGUUCAAACCAGCAUGUUUCACACAGUGUUUUCUCGUUCACUGAUCGUGUUAGAGGCCAGAUUCGAUUUGCAUGUUGAUUUUUCUUCAAAUUCAUCCGAUGUGAUGAUCCCAAUUUUUGCUCGUAUCAUGUAUCCAAGCAAUCAAAGACUCUCUAAGCCAUGUCCAGAACGAAUGAACAAGGUAUUUGGUACGAACUUUCCAGCAGAUUUACCGGUUGAUGUUUGUUUGGCUUUAUUCGGCCAAAAGAAUAGCAGUGCCGAAUCAAUUUUGGCUGAACUUUUGGAGCAAGUGAAACAGGACGAGGACAUGAUCAAGGCUGGUUUGAUGGAAAAUAUCCCUGAAAAUGUGUUUAACCCCUCCAUUCCAAUUGCACAUCUUGCAAUUCUUCGAUACUCUAAUUGGAAAACUGAGAUAUUCGAAAGAUUCAAAAAUCACCUAAUUCCAAGCGUAAGAAUUGCAUGUGUAAAGGGAUGCUUGGAGUUGAACAUGCUUGAAGAACUUCGAGAAUUUAGAGCUCAAGAGACCCACAAUGAAGUGCUUCAAUAUACAGAUGAGUCAAUUGCUCGCCUAGAAAAGAAAUUAGAAUUAAUGAAGGUGAAGGAAAAGGACGAAGCUGACGAACUUGAAAAAAGGAACAAGAAGUUGGAAGAAGAAGAAAAGCAAUAA